UACUGGAAGGUCUUGAUAUAAAGAACAGAUGUUGUGUGAUGCAUCAGGCCUGAUGUGCCAAUCUCUGCUGAAGCAUUGCUGCAGUUUCCUUUCUGUGACUGCUGUCUCUUUGUCUUGUGCCUGCUCGCUAGCCCUGUUCACUUAAAAGGCAGGUUAUUUGAGCUUGUCAAUGGUUCGGUGGAUUUCCAAGGCGCCCCAAAAUAAACCCUGAUUGUUGUCAAGGUCAGAAUGAACUGCUUACUCACUCCCCUCUCUUAAACCCUCCAAACUGCCCAUUCUGUCCAUUCACUUCAUUUAUCUGCACAGCUGGCUUGGAAUCAGCUUAGCUCUGCCUCAGAUAAAAUCAAAACACUCACACCACAAACAGUGACUACAAUAGUUAUUUUCCCAAUCGUAGUGCAGAUUCUCCAAGCUAGAAAGGUAAAUCUUCAGCAUCUGCGAGAGGAGAGCGCGUCUGUUCUCUCGCGCAUGGGUGUGCUCGUGUGCGGUGAGCUCCAGAGGAGGAGGGAUGCUCUGUGAUCUCAGCGGCAGCAGUCUGAGCCCCAGCCAUGCGGCUGAGCAGCAGAUAGCGCUAACAAGCGCCGGGCUGUAGGACUACACAAGACCAUGCCUGCGCAGAGAGAGGACUCCCGCCUCUGUCAGCGUUAGCUCCAGCCGUGCCUUCGUUCCUCUCUCUUUCAAUCUCUCUCUCCUCUUUCCCCUCUCUCUAUUUGUUAAUGUGGUGCUAAUGAAGGGGAAACUAGCUUGAGCUGUUUGGCUCAGGAUGGAUUGUCUGUGUAUUGUCACAACUAAGAACAGGCCUCCGGCAGUACAGGGCUCCCAGCACCAAAGCCAAUCUCCAGCAUGUAUGAACCCAGCCCUGAUGAGCUCCCCUUGGUACCGGUAUCAGGAUGAAGAUUCCCCUCCUCCGGAUCAUGGCUUCCCUCGGCUCACCAAUGAAGUUCGAGCACCGGAGCUGGUGCACGUAUCGGAGAAGAACCUCUCAGAAAUUGAGAAUGUGCAUGGCUACGUUUCCCACACUCACAUUUCACCACUUAAGCCUGCGCUGGUUACCCGGUUUGAUCUAACAUACCCGGGGGUGACCGCAGCAAACUACCUGGCAAGUCCUGCCCCAAUUAUUGUCAACACGGACACUUUGGAAUCUGUACCAUACGUAAAUGGGACAGAAAUUGAAUAUGAAUUUGAAGAGAUUACAUUAGAGCGGGGUAACUCAGGGUUGGGGUUUAGUAUAGCAGGUGGUACAGAUAACCCUCACAUCGGCGAUGAUCCUGGGAUCUUCAUCACAAAGAUCAUCCCUGGAGGAGCGGCGGCUGAAGAUGGCAGACUCAGAGUGAAUGACUGUAUUUUGCGUGUGAACGACGCAGAUGUCUCCGAGGUGUCUCACAGUAAGGCAGUGGAGGCUCUGAAAGUGGCCGGAUCGAUUGUGAGGCUCUAUGUGCGCAGGAGGAGACCAAUGCUGGAAACCGUCACCGAAAUCAAACUCAUAAAAGGACCAAAAGGGCUCGGCUUCAGUAUUGCAGGUGGUGUGGGAAACCAGCACAUCCCGAGUGAUAACAGCAUUUAUGUCACUAAAAUCAUUGAUGAGGGAGCUGCACAGAAGGAUGGACGGUUACAAGUUGGAGACAGACUGCUUAUGGUGAAUAACUACACUCUAGAAGAGGUGACCCAUGAAGAAGCAGUGGCCAUAUUGAAGAACACGUCAGAUGUGGUAUACCUUAAGGUUGGGAAACCCACUAGUGUCUAUCUCUCAGACCCCUAUGGGCCACCUGAUAUCACACACUCAUUCUCACCCGCUAUGGAAAAUCAUAUCUCUUCCCCCGGUAAUAACGGCACUCUGGAAUAUAAGUCCAGUCUUCCGCCCAUCUCCCCUGGCCGAUAUUCCCCGCUGCCCAAGCACUUGCUGGGGGAAGAGGACAUUAACAGGUUGGAUGGUUUUUCCUUCCUACGAAAUCCCUCGUUAGAUGAGAUGGAAGGUCACAGGUUUGAUUCCCAGCACUUCCAGUUGAGGCCUCCAGAGCCAGUUUACAGCACUGUGAACAAACUGAGUGACCGCGCCCCCUCUCCCCGUCUCUACUCCCCCGUAGAGUUUGAUAAAAACCCCAUGCACUCAGUCCCCCACUUCCCUCACUAUCACGUAGGCCUGCUCCCUGACUCCGAGAUCACCAGGGAGCCCAGGAAGAUCGUUCUGCACAAGGGCUCGACUGGACUGGGCUUCAACAUCGUAGGAGGAGAAGAUGGAGAAGGCAUUUUCGUCUCCUUCAUACUUGCAGGAGGGCCCGCGGACCUCAGCGGAGAGCUGCGGAGAGGAGACCAGAUCCUAUCCGUUAAUGGAAUCGAUCUGCGAGGUGCCACUCAUGAACAAGCUGCAGCUGCGCUGAAAGGAGCGGGUCAGACGGUAACCAUCAUCGCCCAAUACCGGCCCGAGGAACUUGCCCUGUGCUCCCCACGCCGGGCCCCGCCACCAACUGCAGAAUACGGGCGUUUCGAGGCCAAGAUUCAUGACUUACGAGAGCAGAUGAUGAACCACAGCAUGAGUUCUGGGUCGGGAUCCCUCAGAACCAAUCAAAAACGGUCGCUCUAUGUCAGGGCUCUGUUUGACUAUGAGAGGGCAAAGGAUAGUGGUCUUCCCAGUCAGGGUCUCAGUUUCCGAUAUGGAGACAUCCUCCAUGUUAUCAAUGCAUCUGAUGAUGAGUGGUGGCAGGCCAGGAGAGUGACGCUCGAAGGGGACAGUGAGGAGAUGGGCGUCAUCCCCAGCAAGAGGAGGGUGGAAAGAAAAGAGCGAGCUCGUCUGAAGACGGUUAAAUUCAACGCAAAACCCGGUAGCCUCGAUUCUAAAGGGUCAUUCAGUGAAAAACGUAGAAAGAACUUCAUCUUUUCACGCAAGUUCCCUUUCUACAAGAACAAGGACGCCGACGAGCAAGACGGCAGUGACUCGGAGCGGAGUCAAGAGGAACUGAUUCUCUCAUAUGAGCCCGUCAUCAGACAAGAGAUUAAUUAUGCCAGACCGGUUAUAAUCUUGGGGCCCAUGAAGGAUAGAAUCAACGAUGACCUCAUUUCCGAGUUUCCGGACAAGUUUGGAUCAUGUGUGCCACCGGCUAACAGUUCUGAUCAAGAAGAUACUACCAGACCAAAGCGGGAUUAUGAAGUGGAUGGGAGAGAUUAUCACUUUGUGUCCUCACGAGAGCAGAUGGAGAAAGACAUCCAAGACCACAAGUUCAUCGAGGCUGGACAGUACAAUGACAAUCUGUAUGGAACCAGUGUACAGUCUGUCAAAUACGUGGCUGAGAGGGGAAAGCACUGCAUACUUGACGUGUCUGGGAAUGCGAUAAAACGACUACAAGUAGCACAACUCUACCCCAUUGCCAUCUUUAUAAAGCCUAGAUCCAUCGAGUCCUUAAUGGAGAUGAAUAAGAGGUUGACGGAGGAACAGGCCAAAAAGACGUACGACCGUGCCAUGAAACUGGAGCAGGAGUUUGGCGAGUAUUUCUCAGCGCUGGUUCAAGGAGACACACUAGAGGACAUUUAUAACCAGUGUAAGAUGGUGAUAGAGGAACAGUCUGGACCUUACAUCUGGAUUCCCUCAAAAGAAAAACUAUAAAAAAAAUCACCUUACCCUGGCAGGGACCUUGGACUGGAGAAAACACACACAUAGGAAUAAUUUGUAAUAUAAUAUAAAUUAUUAUUAUGGCAAUGUUUAUUGUUAACUCUUACAGUGUUUUUUUUUUUUUCAGUUUGUUUGUUUGUUUAUUUUACAUUGCAUUUUUCACUUUCAAUAUGAAUGUUCCUGAAUGUACGCCACAAAGUGUUAGAAGCAUUUUUGGUCUCAACAAAAAAAGUGGACUCUUUGUUUGCAUAUUUAUUGGUUAGCAUUUUAAUUUAAAGAAAAAAAGGAAACAAAAUUUGUAUGCUUUUUUGUAUUCUUCUUCAAACAAUCUUCGGUUGGGAUUUCGAGCAAAAGGUCAGAGUAGGUCAGAUCAUCACGGAUGAUUUUCACACCCCAUCACCACCUCCAAAAAAAAAAAAUCUAUGUUGAUAUCAGCUUGCUUCACUUUUCACCCAAUCGGUUGGUUUCACACAUCUCCCAGACUCAUUUCACAAACUCUCUAGCAUCUGUGCACUCCUGUGGCUAACAACACACACAUUGAUUGUGUUGCUUUUUGUUGUAUUAUUUUGCUAAUUUUGUUUUGUACAGACAUCUGUAUUCGUUCCAAUUGUACGUUAUUUCUAAUGGAUCCUUUCAGAAAAGAAUCUUGUGAUUUUAAGAUGCUUUAGUUCGUGUAAAUGGAUAAGGGGAUUCAACUAGCUGUAGGAAAUAUGACACUAUAUUUUGCUAUUUAUAUUGAUAGAGGACACAACAGCACAGAAAAUAUUUAUAAAGAUGGUAUAUAACUUUGUCUAAAAAUCAUUUUGGAAAAGAGAUUUUACUGGUACUGGUGUAUCAUAUUGUGUCGUCGCUGUUGUGUUGGUGAGAAUGAAAGGUAAUGAGUGCAUGUUUUCCCUGAACAAAACUCCCCCUUAUCCGUCCAGUUCCGGAAUCCGCUAAUUCUAAACCGGCAGAGUUCUGAAAUUCUUGGAACUCAACUUUAAUUGGCUGAGGAUUCUACUGAAUGUGAAUUGAGCGUGUUUCAGCUGUGUUCAGAUAACAGGAAGGAGCCUGAUGUUUGUGAAUCAUUCGUUGAAGAGUUGUUCGGCCUCCCUUGAGCACUCUCUAAAGUGUUUACAGUACCUCAACUAGAAAUGAGGGCCAAAGGGACAAGGUCUGCAAGAGGUCUUGCUUUUCCAUAAAUGUGUAGUGGAUCAUUUUAGUUUUUUUUUCUUUCAUUUUGGCAUGCACUUAUGAACAUGACCUUGGCUUCCUGUCCACACAUUCAUGCCGCAUACUUAUGUCAUUUGUGCCCUUUCCAUGUAUAGUUGAGAGAUAUUCCCGUCCUUGUACAUUAAUUGUAACGCUCUCGCCAUUUGUGGAAACUACAAAUGCCAAAAGCCAUUAACUCUGCUCACUCGUUUCAAAUGUGGGGGGAAUUAUUUGUUGCAAUAUUUAUUGGGAGAUGAUACAGCACGGUUCUGUGGCAAGAGUCUUUUGACCUACUGGUCACCACUUGCCUUAAAAAAAGGGAAGAGGCUUUUCGGGCCAAAUAGACAUUUUUUACACUUUCUUGAAGACUGAGCACUUUUGUACAUUUGAGAAAUUAUUCACAGAUUGUGUUCAACCAGAUGGUGGACACAGAGGGGGAUUUUCAGAAGAGGGAAACUGAAUAUCACAGUGAAGCUCUUAAUGGUGUAAUAUGAAACUUCUUUGAAUAACAAUAGAUCGUGUAUGUUAUUACGACAAUGUAAACCAUGGAUGGCAACAGUGACUUGAUCAAUCAGAAUAUAAAUUGAACAUUUUAAAUGCUGUGAAAUUAUAUUUUCUCUUCUAAACGUGCAGUUUUUUCUCCUUAUUCAAUGUGCUUGUGAUUGAUCAUCUGUAGCAUAUCAUUUUAUUAAUUUAGUAAUGCACACAAUGGAUCAUGAAAGUAUCUCACAGGAUUUUGUGUACCCUUUUUGUUACAAAUAUUUGCAUUUAAAUCUGUUGGUAUUAUUCGGUAAUCAAAAGUGAAUCUCAAAUGAUGCUGUAGCUUUAGUGAAAAUCAAAACCCUGCAGUUUGUACGCACUUAAACGAGGGUUUUUGGAGCCUUAUGGUGCUCAUAGUCUGAUUUGGUCCAUUAAUUCCAAGUGAAUGUUCAGCUUAGUCAAACGUGCUGAAAUGGGGUUGUUUUUGUCUCAGGGUUGCCAGAUAGGGCUUAAUCACUGAUAUUAAACCUUCGGAUCAGAGUGCAUCUGUUUACCACACAAAUCUCAAAUGUUUUAUUCCUGAUACCUGCAUUGCAUUUAGUCUAUUCCUUUGUUCUGGAGCGUCUGUGUCUGA